GAGAAGAAAAGAAAAGAAAAAGAAGAAAGGAGAGUGGGUUUGAGACCACAAACAGAAAGAGAGAGUGCGAUGGCGACAGGCACAGGGACAGGGUCAGGAGGAGGAGGAACAGGAACAGGAACAGGAACAGAGUGGAUGAGGAAGGCAAUAGCGCAGUACACGGAAGACGCGAGGCUGCACGCGGUGUUCGAGGAGUCGUCGGGGAGGUCGUUCGACUACUCGCAGUCGGUGAGAAUGGCAUCGGAGAGGAUCCCAGAGCAGCAGAUAACGGCGUAUUUGCAGAAAAUCCAGCGUGGAGGGCUCAUCCAGCCCUUCGGCUGCAUGCUGGCAGUGGACGAGGCCUCCUUCAGCCUCCUCGCCUACUCCGACAACGCCCGGGACAUGCUCGGCAUUGCGCCGCACUCGGUACCCUCCCUCGACGACCGCCACCACGCCCUCUCCCUCGGCGCCGACGUACGCGCCCUCUUCACCCCCUCCACCGCCCUCCUCCUCGACAAGGCCUUCUCCGCCCGCGAAAUCUCCCUCAUGAACCCCCUCUGGAUCCACUCCCGCUCCUCCGGGAACCCUUUCUACGCCAUCCUCCACCGCGUCGACGUCGGCAUCGUCAUCGACCUCGAGCCCGCCGCCUUCUCCGACCCCGCCCUCUCCAUCGCCGGCGCCGUCCAGUCCCAGAAGCUCGCCGUCCGCGCCAUCUCCCAGCUCCAGAGCCUCCCCGGCGGCGACGUCUCCCUCCUCUGCGACACCGUCGUGGAGAGCGUCCGCGAGCUGACCGGGUACGACCGCGUCAUGGUUUACAAAUUCCACGAGGACGAGCACGGGGAGGUUGUUGCCGAGAGCAAGAGGCCCGAUUUGGAGCCUUACAUUGGUUUGCAUUACCCCGCCACCGAUAUCCCUCAGGCUUCUAGGUUCCUCUUCAAGCAGAAUAGGGUUCGCAUGAUCGUCGAUUGCCACGCUUCCUCUGUCAGAGUCAUCCAGGAUGAGGCUCUCCUCCAGCCUCUCUGCCUCGUGGGCUCCACCCUGCGUGCCCCUCAUGGCUGUCACGCUCAGUACAUGGCUAACAUGGGUUCCAUUGCUUCUCUGGUCAUGGCUGUUAUCAUCAACGGCAACGACGAUGAGGCUCUUGCACUUUCCGGAAGGACUUCCAUGAGGCUGUGGGGGCUUGUUGUUUGCCAUCACACUUCCGCUAGGUCUAUUCCUUUUCCCUUGAGGUACGCUUGCGAGUUCCUCAUGCAGGCCUUUGGGCUCCAGCUCAAUAUGGAGCUUCAGUUGGCGGCCCAGUCCUUGGAGAAGCGCGUUUUGAGGACGCAGACUCUGUUGUGUGAUAUGCUGCUGAGGGAUUCCCCUACCGGCAUUGUUACUCAGAGUCCUAGUAUUAUGGACUUGGUCAAAUGUGAUGGGGCUGCUCUUUACUAUCAGGGGAAUUACUACCCUCUCGGGGUGACUCCCACGGAGGCUCAUAUAAGGGAUAUUAUUGAGUGGUUGUUGGCUUUUCAUGGAGAUUCAACCGGGUUGAGUACUGAUAGUUUGGGUGAUGCUGGCUAUCCUGGGGCUGCUUCGCUUGGCGAUGCGGUUUGUGGGAUGGCGGUUGCUUAUAUCACUGAGAAGGAUUUUCUUUUCUGGUUCAGGUCGCACACGGCCAAGGAGAUCAAGUGGGGUGGUGCUAAGCAUCAUCCGGAGGACAAGGAUGAUGGCCAGAGAAUGCACCCCCGUUCCUCCUUCAAGGCGUUUCUCGAGGUCGUCAAGAGCCGGAGCUUGCCGUGGGAGAACGCCGAAAUGGAUGCAAUUCACUCUCUGCAGCUUAUUCUGCGUGACUCGUUUAGGGAUGCUGAGCAUAGCAAUUCCAAGGCUGUUGUGGAUCCCCGGGUGGGGGAACUGGAGUUGCAAGGGGUGGAUGAACUGAGUUCUGUGGCCAGAGAGAUGGUUAGGUUGAUCGAAACGGCCACUGCUCCUAUAUUUGCUGUUGAUGUGGAUGGACACGUGAAUGGAUGGAAUGCAAAGGUUUCCGAAUUGACAGGACUCCCGGUUGAGGAGGCUAUGGGGAAGUCCUUGGUUCGCGAUCUUGUGUUUAAGGAGUCCGAAGAAACUGUCGAAAAGCUUCUUUCUCGUGCUUUAAAAGGUGAAGAAGAUAAGAAUGUUGAGAUAAAAAUGAGGACGUUUGGCCCAGAACAUCAAAAUAAGGCAGUUUUUGUAGUGGUGAAUGCUUGCUCCAGCAAGGAUUAUACAAAUAAUAUAGUUGGAGUGUGCUUUGUUGGUCAGGAUGUUACUGGUCAAAAAAUUGUGAUGGACAAAUUCAUCAACAUACAAGGCGACUACAAGGCUAUCAUACACAGUCCAAAUCCUUUGAUCCCUCCCAUUUUUGCAUCGGACGAUAACACGUGUUGUUUAGAGUGGAACACUGCGAUGGAAAAACUUACUGGUUGGGGCCGUGUGGAUGUCAUUGGAAAAAUGUUGGUGGGAGAGGUUUUUGGGAAUUGCUGUCAGUUGAAGGGUCCAGAUUCAGUAACAAAGUUCAUGAUUGUCUUGCACAAUGCGCUUGGCGGACAAGACACUGAUAAAUUCCCUUUUUCAUUUCUUGAUCGGCAUGGAAAGUACAUACAAACUUUCCUCACUGCAAAUAAGAGGGUCAACAUGGAUGGUCAGAUCAUUGGGGCUUUUUGCUUUUUGCAAAUUGUGAGUCCGGAACUUCAACAGGCUCUAAAGUCACAGAGACAACAAGAAAAAAAUACCUUUGCUAGGAUGAAAGAGUUAGCUUAUAUUUGUCAAGGAGUAAAGAACCCUCUGAGUGGCAUACGCUUUACUAACUCUCUUUUGGAGGCUACAGGCUUGUCCGAUGAGCAAAAGCAGUUUCUUGAGACUAGUGCUGCUUGUGAGAAGCAAAUGUUAAAGAUAAUACGAGACGUUGAUCUUGAACGCAUUGAGGAUGGGUCCCUGGAGCUUGAAAAGGGGGAAUUCUUGCUUGGAAAUGUCAUAAAUGCAGUUGUUAGCCAAGUAAUGUUACUGUUAAGAGAAAGAAAUUUACAGUUGAUUCGUGAUAUUCCUGAAGAAAUCAAGACAUUGGCUGUUUAUGGUGAUCAAUUGAGGAUUCAGCAAGUGUUGGCUGAUUUCUUAUUGAAUAUAGUGCGCUAUGCACCAUCUCCAGAUGGCUGGGUAGAGAUUCAUGUACACCCAAGAAUAAAACAAAUUUCGGAUGGGCUUACUCUUCUCCAUGCUGAAUUUAGGAUGGUAUGUCCUGGUGAAGGUCUUUCUCCUGAAUUGAUUCAAGACAUGUUCAAUAGCAGUCGGUGGGUGACUCAAGAAGGUUUAGGGCUAAGCAUGAGCAGGAAGAUUCUAAAGCUAAUGAAUGGGGAAGUCCAGUAUAUCAGGGAGGCAGAACGGUGCUACUUUUUUGUUCUUCUUGAACUACCUGUGACAAGGAAAAACCCUAAAAGUGUUAAAUAGAUUAUGCUCACCUAACAAGGCAACUUAAGGGACAAGCAUUUGAAGAAGCUGAUUUGGCUAUGUAAUUCUACCAAAUUGGACUCAUGUUUCCCACCCUGACAACUUGUUCGGUACAGCGAGAGUGGCUAGUUAAUAUGUAGCUAAAUGUAACCUUAAAUCUUACUGAUAAAGUUAUGGCAGAGUAGAUGAAGUGCUGAGUCGUCAAUAUGGGGUGUCCUGCAAAUUUUUCAAGCAAAUGCAUACAGCAUUAGCUGCUGCAGUGAACUCCAAUCCGUGGUUGGAUUCAAUUGCAUUCAUCUCCUGCAUUGUUCUCUGUUGUGAAAGCAACUGCUUAUGCCAAGUUAGCAAAUAAUUGUAAAAUCUUGGUCUCCAACAAGGUUUGCCCUCUGCGAUGUUGCUUUCCAACUCCCCACCUUUUUUUUUCAUCAUCGCCUGUAAAUCCCUUCCUUCAAUGUAAUAAAAGCUGGGUUAUCCUGUAUUUUUGAAACUUCGUGAGAGCUAGCUUCUGUCAAAAAAAAAAAAAAUAAAGAAAUAAAAAAUGAAUAUGCACUUAUCUUUC